UUACCUCUCCAUUUUCUUCUUAUCUCCAUCUAUUUCUUUCAAAAUUUCCAAAUAAUUCUCACAAAUUUAAACGGAAAAACAAAAAAAUCAGGCAACAAAGGAAAAAUGUCAGGAGGGUUAGGAUCAACAUGUAUAGAUGAAGACAUUAGAGCUCCAAAAUCAAAAGAAUCAGAAACACAAAAUCUUCAAAUGAAUUCAACCUUACCAGCAAAACCACCAAAAACCCAUAGAGGAAUCUUAUCACUCAGGCAACUAAAUGCAUUAGCAAUAGCAAUAGUCCUCUCAGCAACAGGCAUGGUAAGCAUACAAGACAUCGCUUUCGUAGUAUCCUCAAUAUUCUACAUGCUUUUCUUAUCAAAAUUUGCAUUUCCUUUAUCACCGCCUUCCACUGAAAACACACCAAUAUUCUCACCGGCGAAAAACAAGAUCUUAGCCGUUUAUGUAUCCGUUGGUGCACUUAUUGGUUUACUGUUGCCGAUUGUGUACAUCUUUCAUGGGAUUUAUGAGGGUGAUAAAGAAGGAAUCAAAGCAGCUGUACCACAUGUAUUUCUUUUGUCUAGUCAGGUUUUUAUGGAAGGGUUUGCGUUCUCGAACCGGUUUUCGAUACCCAUUCGAGUUUUUGUACCUGUUUUUUAUAACGCUAUGAGGAUUUUGACGAUUAUGGAUUGGUUGAAAGCUGAGAUAUUUAAAGAAAAUGAAGGGUUUGGUAAAGGGUCUGAAUGGAGGUUGUAUGUUGGCAGAGGUCUUGGUGUUGCUAAUAUGGUGUUUUGGAGUUUUAAUUUGUUUGGGUUCUUGUUGCCUAUUUAUUUGCCUAGGGCUUUCAAGAGAUACUAUGGAGCUAAGGAAGGUCAGGAUUAAUGUGCCUUCCUAUGUUGUGCAAGGCACCAAGCUGGUUGCCAGCCGCGUUAGGCCCCUAAUGCGACCAGUUCUUUUUAGUUUUUUGGAGGUAAUGGCGACCUGGGCGCGGUAUUGGUUAGGCGCUCGCCUUUGCCAACAUAGGAACUGCCUUCUAGUUGCAGAUUUAGUUUUUUUUUUUGCGUUUUCUUCUCUGGAUGAUGUAAUAUUGGCAAAUGUAACUUUGUAGUAGUUUCUAAUGAAAAUCUGGCUUUUAUGAUGAA